AUGGAAAAAGUUGGUUUACAUCCUUGGGAUCCGGAGAUUGUUUUGGCACGCUUUACCAAAAAGAAGAUAAAAGACCUUCAUCUAGCCCCAGAGGAUGGCAAUGCAAUCUUCUACAGUCCUAAUAAGGUUCAACAAGCCCGUAAUGCUCAGGCUGAGAAGGAAGAAGCUCAACGCCUUGCUAGAGCUGCUAAAGAGGAAGAUAAGAUACGUCGGCAGCAGGAGAAGGAAGAGAAACAAUGCUUGAUUGAAGAACGAAAGAGAAUAAGGGCUUUUAAUAAGAGUGUGCGGAUGCAGGAAGCAGAGGAAAAAAGACACCGGAAAGAAGAGGAGAAGGCCGCAAAACAAGCUGCUAUACAGCUUCAAAAUGACAUCAAACAAGCUAAUAAGGAUAAGAAGAAGGCUAUAGGGCCGGCUACAGCAAAGGAAAAGGAAGAUAUUGAUAUGAAAAAUGUGCAAGAAGUGGAAGAGACACCUAUUACUGUAAAUAGGCGUGGAAGGCAAAUACGGCUUCCUGAGCGAUUCCGCGACACCAAAAAUUAG